UGCCCUAAAAGGCGGCAGCAGCAUGCUUCCCACCACGGCGGGCCGCGGCUUGAGGCACCCGCAGCAGCAGCAGCAGCAGCUGCCACACUACCUGCGCCGGAUCGUCAAGUGGAGGCAAAUGGAUGUCGAGUACACCUUUUGGCAAAUGUUGCACUUGUGUACCGCACCCAAAGUCGUCUACCAGCACACCAAAUAUCACAAGCAAACCAAGAACCAGUGGGCACGCGAUGAUCCAGCCUUCACCGUCAUCAGCAGCAUCUUCUUGGCGCUGGCUGCCUCCGCCUACUGUGCCGCGUACGGCUCCAGCUUCCUCCAGGCCGGCGUAACUGUCGUUGGAGUCGUCUGGCUUCACUUUUUACUCACCGGCAUCUCCUUGGCAAGCAUCUGCUGCUGCAGGUUUCUCUGCAAUCGCUACCUCCGGGAAGAAGCAGCAAUCCACAGCCAUGUGGUGGAACAGCGUGUGGAAUGGCUCUAUGCGUUUGACGUGCAUUGUAAUGCCUACUUUCCUCUCUUCAUCGUGCUCUACGUGAUCCAUUAUUUCUUUUCUCCUCUGCUUAUUCUUCGGGGGUUCGUCCCCACGCUGCUUUCCAACCUUUUCUUCUUGGUUUCACUUUCAUAUUACCACUACCUCAAUUUCCUUGGUUAUGAUGUCUUGCCUUUUUUGGAGAGAACUACGUUCUUCCUGUAUCCGGUGGCUGUCCUCGUUGUCCUCUUCCCGUGCGGUAAGUGUAGAUAUCUCAGGAUUCAAUCCGACGAGGUUUGUGUUAGGCCUGUAUUUUUGAAGGGAUCUCUGCUGAACUAAAACUAUGCUUUGUAUAUAUAUAAUUUAGUGUUUGUGUGUGUCAUUUUCA